AUUAAAUGGCUGUUGAAGCUUUCUCAAAUCCCUCAACUCAUUGAAGUUCCAUGCUUCUCUGAAGGAGCUCAGUCUUUUCUGCAAAACUUGAUUGAUGAAUUUAGCGUGGAUGAUGCACUGGAAGUUAAGAAAAUUGAGAAAGUCACAAAUCAUGAUGUGAAGGCGGUGGAGUACUUCCUGAAACAAAGAUGCCAAUCACAUCCAGAGAUAGUCAAGGUGCUUGAGUUUUUCCACUUUGCUUGUACAUCUGAGGACAUCAACAACCUUGCCCAUGCACUAAUGCUGAAAGAAGCUUUGAGCAAGGUCAUCUUACCCGUCAUGGAUGAACUAAUUGCUGCAAUCUGUAACGUGGCUACAACAAAUUCUUCUGUCCCCAUGCUUUCUCGCACCCAUGGACAGCCAGCUUCACCCACCACACUCGGAAAGGAAAUGGCUAUUUUUGCUUACCGGUUAAGUAGGGAAAGGCGAGAUAUCUCUCAAAUUGAGAUGCUGGGGAAGUUUGCUGGUGCAGUUGGAAACUAUAACGCUCACGUGGCUGCAUAUCCUGAAAUAAAGUGGCCCCAAAUUGCAGAGGAGCUUGUGAUGUCUCUUGGAUUGAAAUUCAAUCCUUACGUUCCACAGGUAUGCUAUAUAGAAAAAGUUUUGGUGAUUCAUCAAAUAAGGAGCCAGGUUAGGUUACACAUAGUUCAAGGCAAUCUCGGAGUAGCUAAUGGGGACCUAUCCCAUUUAAGCACUAAGCUACCUAUUUCACGCUGGCAGCGGGACUUAACUGAUUCAACUGUUCUGAGAAAUAUGGGAGUGGGGCUUGGACAUUCUCUUCUUGCUUACAAAAGUGCAUUGCAAGGAAUUUCAAAGCUUCAGAGCUCAUUUGCUGACAUGCAGAAUCUGGCAUCAGUUAGAGAGAUCAGCACAGACAUUUUCACUUAUUAG